AUGGCUUGUGCUCUUCGAAAAAUACGUCCUUUAAGUAACAAUUUACGACAUAUUAAACUAAAUUUCGUUCAGUCGAAUAACGUAUCAGUUGCCAUUACUGCAGAUAAAAUAGCCGAAUCUCAUAAACAUCAUGUAACAAUAUUACCCGGCGAUGGUGUAGGACCAGAACUGAUGCUCUGCGUUCGCGAAAUAUUUAAUACCCUUGGUGCACCAGUCGAAUUCGAUGAAAUAUUAGCUAGUGAAUUGCUUCCAGGACGCAGUUCCUCAUUAGCUGAUAUAGUAACCUCCUUUCGACGUAAUCGAGUUGGAAUCAAAGGGAUAUUAACUACUCCUGCGAUUGGUGAAGGAGGGGAUUUAAUGUCGUUGAACAUGAAGAUUCGGCGAGCUUUAGAUUUGUAUGCCAAUGUUGUUCGUAUUAAGACUGUGCCGGGAUUAAAGUUACGUCAUCAAAAUAUUGAUUUUAUUGUUAUUCGAGAACAAACCGAAGGAGAGUACAGUGCGUUGGAACAUGAAGUUGACAACACUUGUAUGCAGCUCGUCUCAAAACCACAACAAUUUGAUGUUCUUGUUUGUCCGAAUUUAUAUGGAAAUAUUGUCUCGAAUUUGGCUGUGGGUUUGGUCGGUGGUGCGGGUAUGGUUCCUGGUGAAAGCUAUAGCGCUGAUGUCGCUAUUUUUGAACCAGGCGCUCGUCAUCCUUUUCUCACUGGUGCUGGACGAAACAUUGCAAAUCCAACGGCGAUGUUAUUGUGUGGUGUUAAUUUAAUGCGAUAUUUGAAUCUUGAAGCAGCAAUGAAUGGUUUAAAAUCAUCAUCCAAUACACAACAGAAACUAGUACGUGAACCUGCUGUUGAUACAAUUAAAAUGUUUGUUGGCCAAAUUCCACGAUCUAUGAAUGAGUUAGAGUUACGGUCAUUGUUUGAAAAAUAUGGACCAAUAUUCGAAUUAAAUAUUUUACGUGAUAAAAUCAAUGGUGAAUCGAAAGGAUGUUGUUUUGUUACAUUUUAUUCACGACGAUCAGCAUUAGAUGCACAAAAUGCUCUACAUAAUUUACGUACAUUAAACGGUAUGCAUCAUCCAAUACAAAUGAAACCGGCUGACACAGAAAAUCGUAAUGAACGAAAAUUAUUUAUUGGUAUGAUAUCAAAAACAUGUAGUGAAGAGGAAAUAAAACGAUUUUUUCAACCCUACGGUAUGAUUGAAGAAUGCACCAUUUUAAGAGAUUUAUCGGGACGAUCGAGAGGUUGUGCAUUUGUUACGUAUCAAAAACGUCAAUCAGCUAUUAUUGCUAUAAAAUCGAUGCAUCAUUCAAUGACAAUGGAAGGAUGUUCAUCACCUGUCAAUGUUCGAUUUGCUGAUACACCGAAAGACAAAGAAAUACGAAAAAUGCAACAAAAAUUAAGUGAAAAUUUAUUUCAACAAAUAACUACAACGGCACCACAUCUUGUUGCACAACAGAAACAACAAUCUAUUCAAAAUCCUCUAUCAUCUCCGGGUAAUUUGGCAAGUUUAAAUUUGAUGUUAUUCAAUCAACUAUGUAAUAAUGCAAAUCAUCUUACACAAGGCAAUAAUCGUAAUAGUUGUCUAACAAAUUCAAAUGGUAGUAGUGGAAGUCAAUCAAUACCACAAUCCUCAUUUACAUCCUAUGAUUUUUCUGCGGAUGGAAAUGAUAAUCCAUUGCCCAAUUUAGCAAAUUUAUUUCAAUUACCACAAGCAACUUCAAGUUUAGCUAGUAUACAAUCGAGUACAGCGGCUGUCAAUGCUCUUAGUGUGUUAGCUUUUGGACAAACAAAUACAAAUAACAAUAAUUUAUCAUUGUCAUCAUUAUCACCUUACGCCGCCGAAUGGAAUCCGCAAACACUCCGAAAUCAAUUUAAUCAUCCGUCCGCUGUUAAUUCGAGUCCAGCAGUGAUGUACACUAAUCAACAAUUAGAACAAACUAAUAACGGUGACGCUACUUCUUUUCAUUCGGUUAAUAACGAAGCGAAUGGUAUGCGCAUCUCAUGCGUCUUUCCAAAUAUCACUGAUCAUUUUCUAACAGAAGAUGAUUUACGUUUCUUAUUAAAUAGUACAACAAAUAUGAAUAUAAGUACUAGUAAUGCAAAUACAAAAGACAGUGAUAGAAAAUUCAAUGAUACGGAAGAUAGACAAGGUGGAUUAGAUAGUAAACAAUUGAUUGGACCAUCUAACUCAAAUUUAUUCAUCUAUCAUUUACCACAAGAAUUUCAUGAUUCGGAUUUAGCUCAAACAUUUUCACCAUUUGGUAAUGUUUUAUCAGCAAAAGUAUUCAUUGAUAAAAGUACAAAUUUGAGUAAAUGUUUUGGAUUUGUUAGUUAUGAUAAUUCUAUGUCGGCUGCGUCCGCAAUUAAAUCAAUGAACGGAUUUCAAAUUGGUAUGAAACGUUUAAAAGUACAAUUGAAAAAAUCACGUACAUUACAAAAUGAUUCGUCUUCUUCAUCAUCAAUAAUAACACCGACACUGGAACAAUUUUCGGUUUAA